UUCUCAGUGCAGCGGUGGCAGCUGGGGGACCGGGGCCUUUUGUUUGGAGCAGCUGCAGGGGGUGGGCCCCCGGAGCGGCGAGACCGGCGGCCUUCCCCAGCUCGCUCGGUCCUGGCCGCCCCUCUCAGGGCUUGGGGGGCCACCCCCUGGGCCGGCCUCGCCUCAAGCGCCACCGUCCCGCCCUAGGCCCGCCCGCCGGCCCCGCCCGGCCAGCUAAAGGGGAAGAACUGGCUGGGCCUCCUCGCAGGGCCUAGCCACCUCCGGAGUCGCUGCCACCACCACCACCACCACCCUCCGAGCACCGAACCCCAGGCUGCCCCUCGCCCCUCAGGCCGUCGCCAUGAAGAUCAAGGAUGCCAAGAAACCCUCUUUCCCAUGGUUUGGCAUGGACAUUGGGGGAACUCUAGUAAAACUCUCAUAUUUUGAACCAAUUGAUAUCACAGCAGAGGAAGAACAAGAAGAAGUUGAGAGCUUGAAAAGUAUCCGGAAAUAUUUGACUUCUAAUGUAGCAUACGGAUCCACAGGUAUUCGGGAUGUACACCUUGAACUGAAGGAUUUAACACUUUUUGGCCGAAGAGGGAACCUGCACUUUAUCAGAUUUCCAACCCAGGACCUGCCUACUUUUAUCCAAAUGGGAAGAGAUAAAAACUUCUCCACAUUACACACGGUGCUAUGUGCUACAGGAGGUGGUGCUUACAAGUUUGAAAAAGAUUUUCGCACAAUUGGAAACCUCCACCUGCACAAACUGGAUGAACUUGACUGUCUUGUAAAGGGCUUGCUGUAUAUAGAUUCUGUCAGUUUCAAUGGACAAGCAGAGUGCUAUUAUUUUGCUAAUGCCUCAGAACCUGAGCGAUGCCAAAAGAUGCCUUUUAACCUGGACGACCCCUAUCCAUUGCUGGUAGUGAACAUUGGCUCGGGAGUCAGUAUUCUAGCAGUCCAUUCCAAAGACAACUAUAAACGAGUAACGGGGACAAGCCUUGGAGGAGGUACCUUUCUGGGCCUAUGCAGUUUAUUGACUGGCUGUGAAAGUUUUGAAGAGGCUCUUGAAAUGGCAUCCAAAGGUGACAGCACCCACGCUGACAAGCUGGUCCGUGAUAUUUACGGAGGAGAUUAUGAAAGAUUUGGUCUGCCAGGUUGGGCUGUAGCAUCUAGUUUUGGCAACAUGAUUUAUAAGGAGAAGCGAGAAUCUGUUAGUAAAGAAGAUCUAGCAAGAGCUACUUUAGUUACUAUCACCAAUAACAUUGGUUCUGUGGCACGAAUGUGUGCUGUUAACGAGAAAAUAAACAGAGUUGUCUUUGUUGGAAACUUUUUACGAGUCAAUACUCUCUCGAUGAAACUUUUGGCAUAUGCACUGGAUUAUUGGUCCAAAGGACAACUGAAAGCAUUGUUUCUAGAGCAUGAGGGAUACUUUGGAGCAGUUGGUGCACUUCUUGGGCUGCCAAAUUUCAGCUAAAGCGUCAGGUUUAUCUCUGAUAAUAAAUGUCAUCCAAGAGGAACUGAAAACCAGAGGCAUAACUGCUGCAUUAUUUGUCACUGGAAAUGCAGCAUAAAAGAGUAGCACUAUUCCUGUUGCUUUUUAAAUGUCAAAAUGCGCUUACAGGUCCGGUAGCUCUCAAAGGGCACAUCGGCUGUACAUCAUUUGGGAAGUAUGAGUAGAUAACGCGGGUCGUUUGAGGUCACUUGAGCCUGCGUCCCACCUCUGCAUCGUGGCUGUUGUCCUGCAGUCAGUAGUUGUCGCAGGUGUGAAGCCAUUUUGAAAUCUGCCGUUUGUUGUUUUUUUACGAGGUACCCUUUUUAGUUUACAACAUUUAGAAACAGCAGGUAACUCUGUAGGCUCCUUGUCCAAAUAUAAUGAAUGGAAUUCGAUGUAAGUCAUGUUAAGAUGGUUUUAUCAUUUUUUAUACAUUGUGUGUUUUCAGUUUUUUUGACUUUUUAACUGAAGUUCAAUGGCAUUUGUCUUAAUUCUGCCCAGUUACUGACCAAAUCAUGCACAGAUGUUUGUGUGUGUUAACUUUACUUAUACAAGCCAUUUCAGUUUAAGUUGCCUUAUUCUCUCGAGUUGUUCUUGUCAAGUGUAAGCUUUGUCAUGGAAUCCUAACACUGAAUCUGCUGUAAAAAUGUAUGAUGUGCUACAAAUUUUAUUCAUAACAAACUAAGUUAUAGCCUAUUGUAACCUAUGAGACAUUUUUUGUAAAUUGUCUAAUUUAUUUUUUCAUUUAUGUACAGUUUCUUCUGUAAAUUCUUAGACUGUUUGUUGUGGCCUGUUCUGGAGACGUCCUCCUCCUCUCCUUAAUGCUUAUCUGCAUGAGAGAAACUUGGGUUUGGCUGGUUUGCACUGUGUGGCCACGAAGCCACCUGCAGCACUCUGCCUUCUUUCUGUAGCUGGACUUUUUCUAGUUUUGUUCAUACUCUAAAUGUUAAAAUCAUGCUUAUUUCCUACUUUCCAAAUAAAUUCACUAAGUUGUUUACUA